CUGUGUAACUGUAACUGAGGGAGCUGAGACAGACACUCCCGCGCGUGCACACACACACACACAUACACACACACACACACACACACAGUCUGCACAACAAAAGAAGAUGCGUAACGAACACUGCUGCUCUUCGCAGUGGCAUCUGUCAAGCGGUGGGAACACAAGCGUAAGGAGCUGAGUAGCUGACUACUGGGUCAGAGCAUCUUCAAAACGGCAGGCGUAGCUUCCUUUUCAAAAGUGACAAAUACAGAGAAGGCAUUUUGUCGAUAUGGUCGGGAACCGUUAUAAGAAAAAGAAGCCAAGACAUGUGAUCUUUGCAUGCUGCGCUGCUGUAUAACAGUGAUGAGCCACGUGUGUGUGUUACUCCUAUACACACACUAGCACAGGAGAAGAUGGACGCGCGCGCUCUCCGGAGGGCAGAAGAAGCCUCCUCAAAGCACUGGACUUUGUCAAGGACAUUCUUCAUCCUUCUCAUUGUUAUUUUGAUUAUCUACAUUAUUUACAUCUAUAUUGCACAAAAAGAUGUUUAUAAAUACAAGCCUAUUUACCCUCACUGGAAAAAGAAGCAGCCAGCCUUUGCAUGUGGUGUAACGGUGCAAAAUGAUCCGAUCAUUAAAGUCAACAAUCUUAAAACAUAUAUGAUUGGCUCCUACAUAGAGCACCGUAAGGAGGUGAAAAUGAUACGGACAAUCACUAUAAUGUUUCGUAGUGAAAACGCAGAGUAUCACUGCCUGUUGUGCUGCAACGGACAGAACGUGUCUGUACCCGCUACACGCGACAUUCACUCUGACCACUUUGGGUUUGAAUACGGCACGGCUGAUAUCACCUGCAAAGUACCGGAAACGUGUACAAAACCGACACAUGUGGCGAUCACUUCCCGAUCACCUAAAGAGGAUGGAUCCUUGCAGGACAUACGCGCAUCCCAACCUGUUAGGAAUCAGGAGGAAAAGAAAGACUUUCCUUACGAUUUUACAGUUUGCAUUUCUGUCAUGUAUGAUUAUGACAAUGUGCUGGAGCUUGUGCAGGCCAUGGAGAUGUUCAAGAUACUCGGUGUCCAGAAGGUAGCUAUUUACAAAACCAGCUGCACUCCUGAUAUACAGAAGGUCCUGGAUUACUACGUCAGGCAGAACUUUGUGGAGAUCAUCCCCUGGAACCUAUCACCACACAACAUCACUGUGUCCAGGGGCUGGAAGAAGUCGGAUUCACCAGGAGAGCUGCACUACUUCGGCCAAAUUCCGGCACUCAAUGAUUGUGUGUAUCGUUACAUGUACCAGAGUCACUAUGUAGUUCUGCAAGACUUGGAUGAACUUAUUCUACCUAUGAAAUCAAAAAACUGGCCAGAGCUCCUGCCUAAACUGGAGAGGCAAUACAAUCAGAUUGGCGGCUUUGAAUUUGAGAAUCAUUAUUUUCCUCUUUCCAUCAAGGAUUCAAGCGCUAAGUAUUCACCAGACUCCUGGAAGAAGGUUAGGGGAGUAAACAUUUUAGAACAUAUCACUAGAAUAAGCAAUGAUCCUAACCAGUUCAAUAACAUUAAAGUCAUUGUUAAUCCUCGCUUCGUGUUCAAGGCUACAGUCCACGGCAUUUUGGAGUCCAUUCAUCGUACUGUCAGAGUGGACCGUGACAUUGCCCAUAUGUAUCACAUGAGAAGCAUUCCAAAUGAAAUUGUGGCAAAACGUUCCCAAAUACGGGACACGCAUCUCAGGGACUACGCGAAGAGUCUGAUCCCGGUCGUUUCUAAAGUCCUAGAGGAAGCACUAGGCAAUUACUAAAGUGCAUAACUAAUAGAUUUGAUAAAUCUUAACAAAAGAAGAUACUAAAUUUGAUUAUAAGUUUAGUAAAAAAAGAAAUUUUAUGUAAGUAUUCCAUGACACUGUCUAAAAAUGCAAAAUGCGCUCUAAUAAAUUUAGCUGGAGGGAAGUUUAGCUGAAUGGUGCAAGACAGGAAGCAGUAUGGGUCUUUUUCUUUUUUUGCACAGGAAAUGAACCGCAGACCCUGAUAAUCUAAACGAUAGCUUUAAGUAUUUAUUCAGGAAUCUAAAAAUAUGCUGGGAAAGUUGUCAGCCAAGGUAACACAAAGCUUAUUAACGUCCACUGGCACAUUAUUUACAAAAAAGCAGUAUUGUGAUCAAAUGUGAUCAAAACUGUAUCCAACUAGAUUUCUUAGUAUUUUGCAUACAUCCUUUUGAUUCUGUAGCUUAUAAAAGAUUCAAGUAACACAACCAAAAAUUGCAACCAAUUAUAUCUAUUAUUUGUGUGAAAUUUCAGUUUUGGGCCAGUAUUAACUCAAAUAUAUGAGCGGAAAUAAGUAUUCAGACUCGUUCAGAUUUUUUGUUAAGAUACUUCCUGUGCAUAUAUCUACUUCAAAUUCACACAUGUAAUGUCUUUUGACUUUGUAUGUAUUCAUAAGCAAAAACAUAGAGAAUAAUAAGCAAUGAGUUGCACUGCAGUCAUCUCCAUUCCUACAUUCCAUGAAAAACUUGUCUGCCAUAAAGAAAAAGCACAGAGAAGCACGUCUAAAAGCAUUUACACAAAUCAGAUCUCUUUUGGAAUAAUAUACUCUGGUCAGAUGAAACAAAAAUAGAGAUCUUUGGAAAUAAUUCAGCUUUUUAUGUUUAGAGAAAGAAGAGUUGUGUGUAUGAUCCCAAGAACAUCAUAUCCACCGUGAAGUACCUGGGGAUGCUUCUCUAGAAGCGUUACUGGGGCGUUACACAUAAUGGAAGGAAACAUGAACGGAGCGAUGUACAGCCAAAAUAAUGCUGCCUUCGUGUGCUACCAGAAUUAUCCUACUUCCCAUUUCUGAAGUGGAAAUUACGAAUAUGUCGUGUUCACAUGCUUUGUUGUCGGAAAGAACAUGAAACAUGCCUGACGCCAGGUUCAUUCAUACAUAUUUCUUUUUCCUUUUUUCUUUUACUUUUUUUUUUUUUUUACACCAUAACACAUAUUACUCAGCUAGGUAGCUUGAUGACCAUAAUGGAAUUUUGGUCAAAUUCCAUUUGGUCAAAAUUUUCAUGGUGUAAUAAUGUACAACAUGCAUAGAAUGGUUGCUGAUAUAGCACAUAAAUGAAUAUGACUAAAAGAAAAAUGAACAAAACCUGUCAGUACAGAAACUGUACUCUCCUCCACCAUGUUGAAAGUGUAGGAAUCCUCCCAUCUUGGAGCCUUGGGUGUCAAAAUUAUCUCAGAGUUUCCCAGUCGUAAUUCCGACUUGAGGGGUCAUUCAUGUGCAACUUCCUAGUGGGAUACUCGUAUUUACAAUAAUUCCGAUAGCACGUGAAGGCAGCAUAACUCAAGAAGGCCUUACAAGGAAAAUUAUGUGUCAAAAGACAUUUGUGUGUAAAUUUAAAGUAAAUGUAUUCACAGGAAGUAAGUUAAAUAUCAAAAACAAAAGUGUCUGAAUACUUAUUUCCCCACACUGUAAGUUCUGGUUGAUGUCAUGACUCACAUAUGGUCUCUGUAAGGUAGAAUAUGGUGUUCCAUAGUGUGAUAUGGGUCAGGUUGAACUCAGAUGACUCUGACACUUACCACACUUCAGUGUAAAUGCCAUUUGUCAGAUUGCCAUAACUCUAUGUACAAUGUACAUUCCUGCAGUGUUUUUAACUCAUCAUUGGUGCAACACCAGAAGCAAUGCAGACAACAUACCCUUUGUCUUCCCUAAAUUGUCAUUGGAUUAUAUUGUUCUGACAUACCCUGAAAGAGCUGAUCAGCCAAAAAUGAGAUUUUUAUAGUAUUUAACUAAAAUGUAAUUCUAAGUGAGAGUAUAUAUUUAUUAAAUCUAUUUGUGGAAAAUAACUAUUAAUGACAACAAUUUAUCUCAACGCAUUCUCUAUUUUUUUGAACACAGAUGAAGUAUACUAUUUAAUAAUGCCUCAUCCGCCCUGCUGUCAGUAGAGUGCUGGACUUUUUCUUUUCCUGAAUAAGAUGUUUUGUGUGUGUAUGUGUAUGUGUGUGUGUGAGAGAGAGAGAGAGAGAGAGAUAGCAAUUAUCCACAGUAUUUGUAUAUACAGAAUAUUGUAUGUAUUUUCCAUUUGGGCUACGUCAGAUCUUUUAAAUAUGUUUUUAAUUAUUUCAUUUGACUGAUUACUGCAACCUCAGUUGUAAUAGACAAUUAAACUCUGAAACUCUGUUCAA